AUGUCUCAAGAUUUGUCGCAGGGGAGGGUCGCAAGAGAGGGAGCUGCUCUGCAAACUCUGGGCAGAAAAUCGACGACGAACGCACACGAUCCACAGUCCCCGCCUCUACGGGAAGCACAUAGUCCUUUGCAAGACCCCGGACCGUUGCCAGGGUCAGUGAUAGGAAGUGGAAUUGUGGAUGAACACGCACUUCACACCUACCGGAUGCAACUUCUCAAAUUGAAAAGGUUUAGGGAAGGAAGAAAUGCAGAGGCGCCAGAGCCCGAAUCGUCAAGAAACCCUCCCGGUACCCCCAAUGAGACUCCCAUUCCCAAGGUAGGUACGACUUUGCCGGAAGCUUUUGCCACGCGCACAACUGCUGUCAAACGGAAACGAUAUUCGAUCGUCGAAGUAUGCGGUGACAAUGAUCAACAGAGGUUGGGAACUGAAGGGCGCACGGUGUCGCCCAGGCCAGAGCGAGGUGCCUCGCCUACACUGUCGGUUUCGGCAGGGACGUUGAACACGCCCUUGGACAAUUCUAAUGGCGGUCCGCAGCAAACACGGUUGGAAAAGCCUCCUAAGCCCACGCCACAACGGGCAACCAGAACGGCUGUCCCCGCCAAUACACACGACAACGCACCGGCAGCAGGGCGAAAGAGCGAGACUCAUUUCCGAGUCCUGCAUCAAAUCAUCUGUGACGGCUCUUUCCAUUCGGGCAGCAAAAUAUUCUCCGUCCAGCCUCACUGGGAGUUGGACACAGAGAGUAAGGUCGAUAGACGGUCGCAUUUCACUGCAGGUCUUCCUGUCCACAACAUUCCAGAUUUCAUCGAAAGGUCGGGGGGUAUUGCUUUUAUCGUCUUUCGCUACUAUCGGUGUAGCGAUGCAACCCGAUGGGACAACGUACGCCACAGGAGACCAGGCUCCGAGCUAAAGCUAUUCUACGACGAAGGAGUCGCCGUCACCUCGCAAGAUCUUCAAUAUAUCAUUCACAGCGUCAGCCGUUGCCUUUCCGACCCUACUGCCUAUUAUGCGAACAACCGAGAAAAUGAGCAUAAUGCGCGGGAACCGCACACCGAUGUGUACUCGACUGCUUUUUUCUACCAUCACAGAAAAUCCAUCGCUUUGGCCGCUGAGACCGGCUCGAGUGGAGUCAAGGACCAGGCAUCUGCUCUACUAGAUUACAUAGAGUGCACUCAUGGCCAAGGUUUUGCGGAAAUGGAUCAUCUUAUCGCAGCAGGCAAAAUUCAGAGCCGGAACAUCGAGAUGCUGUUUUGCCCAAACGAGAUUGUGGUGACCCGAACUGGCGGCAUGCUGACUGCAUGUGUCCUCAGAGCAUGGCCGAUCGGCGGAUCGAAGAUACGCCUUGAGUGCUGGGUCUGGGGUUACAAUGGCCAUUCGCUCUGCCGCAAACGCCGCGACUUAGCCAUCGAUCGACCCUUCCAGACUGUCGUCAACAUAGGUGACCUUGAAGUCUAUCCCGUAAAGUUCGCAAGGCCGGGGGAUUGGGCGUAUCUGGUGGGACGAGGACAAAAGUUUUGGAAUUUACGAUACCCGAGCUUCGUGGCCUACGAAGGAUGGGAUUUCCAGCGAGAACAAUACUAUAGUAACGAGUCGAGAUGGAUGGUUGAUUACAACACAUAUCGGCAAAUUCAUCCCGGUGCCGAAGUGUUCGACUUUCAAACAACACAGAGAGUAUCAUUUGAUAAAUGGCCAGAAGCGAUACAGCAUGAUGCUCAUCUGACGGGCGACGAAUAUGUCAUUCUACCCUCGCAGAUCCACGCUUUCUCGUUCCAAAAGCAGAAAUGGAACGAGCUUCUCGUUGACAACAUCCUCCCAGUCAAAUGGAACAAGGAGGCAUUCGACCGACUGGUCCUUCCACCCAGGAUCAAAGAUAUGGUCAAAUCACUGGUGCUAGUCAGAGUCUCUUCAAAAGAUCCUAAGAAGCUGCACAUUUUGAACACCAGGCGAGAUGAUCUUAUCGCUGGCAAAGGCAAUGGACUCAUCAUGCUUCUUCACGGCGGCCCGGGCACUGGGAAGACCCUUACAGCCGGUGAUGUAGCUGAGCUGUCGGAGAUGCCCCUAUACAAUAUCACGUUCCGUGAUAUUGGAACUAAGCCUGAGACGGUCGAGAAGUACUUGGAGAAAGUUCUCAUGCUUGGUGAAAGAUGGAACUGUGGAUUUGGAAUAGUCCUCCUUCUUGAAGAAUGUACCCUUGCAGAUCUUGAGCAGAACAGCCUUGCGUCAGUGUUCCUUCGCACUUUGGAGUACUACGAUGGCAUCUUGAUUCUUACGAGCAACCGCGUCGGGACAUUCGAUACGGCCUUGACAUCUCGUAUCCAGGUUUCACUGCAUUACGAAGAUCUCACGGCGAAGUCGAGACAACGGAUCUGGCAGAAUUUCUUCGACAUGAUCCGGGCAGAAGAGGAGAAGGUAGAUGUGAACGACCUGGAAAACCAUAUCGAUGAGCUGGCGGCUCUCGAGAUGAAUGGACGCCAAAUCCGGAAUGUUUGCACUACUGCCAGGCAACUUGCUCUGUCCCGGAAAGAAACUCUCGAAUGGGAUCAUCUGGAGCAGGCGCUGGUCUGUCAGCGAUUUUGA